CCUUCCAGUGUGGAGCUAUAAAGACUCAGAGCGUCUCUCCGUCUCUCCCUCACUUUCUCCCUUCUUACCACAACACAAAUCACUCCAUUCUCUCGCUCUCCGCCCCGAAAGCAGGCUCAGAAACCAUGACGGACUUGGAGAACUGCCUGGCCACCAUCAUUGAAGUCUUUCAUAAGUACUCGGAGAAAGAGGGGGACAAACACAAGCUGAAGAAAAGCGAGCUGAAAGAGCUGCUGACCCACGAGCUGCCAACACUGACCGAGCAUGUGAAAGACCAGGCCACCAUGGACAGUCUCAUGGAGAGUCUGGACACCGACGGCGACUCUGAAUGCGACUUCCAGGAGUUUAUGACCUUCGUAACCAUGGUAACCAUCUGCUGCCACGAAUUCUUCGAACACCACGAGGACGAAUGAGACGAGAGCCGAGGAAUGGAAACCGUAGAAAUUAAGAAAUUUGACAUAGCUUAACAUAGCAUAGCGUAGAUUUACACUUUUGUAACUUUUUAUUUGUGCUUUGAGCAUUUUUUUUUCUCCACUCGGUUGGUGAUGUCGCUGAUGUUCGCUCGGUUCUGCUGCGGUAAGACGAGGUUGUGAAACGUGUCGGUUUACAAAGAAAGUUUGGGUUUUGUCUUUUGUAUGGAAUUGAACGGAAGGAAAAUAUGAAGUGUGUAAUUUAUUUCAAGUAUUUGAGCUCUUAUUGAGUUUAAUUUAGGCCAAAGGAUAUCUAACCAUAAUAACUAACAUUUUUUAGCUUUUAGAAAUAGAAUAAAUCUAAUAGAACUCUAACUCGUGUUUUGGAAUUUCAGUAAUAUUUUUAUUUUACUUUACAUUUAGGAACAUUUUAGUGAGUUACGCUGUUGGAACAGCAGAAAGCCGUAGACAAAUCACAUAGUUACUUGACCAAAUGGACCAAAGUGUUGAAGUUAAAGAUUUGAAUUAUUUUACUGCUGUCACUCUAAAAUUAAUUCCACUCUCAUCUGUUGUAAAAAAUUACAAUAAGAUUACAAAAGUGAUUUCCUCUGUUUUUAUUUGUGUUUUGUUCCCAUUUUGAUGGUGUUUAUCAACCACCACUGCAAUUAAACAUGUGGAUUUUACUGAUUAAUAUAAUCAAAAAUAAUAAUAAGAGUUUUGUGAAUUGAAACCAAAUGAUCUGAAAUUCUAUAAAAUGAUAAACAAGGAUGAAUUGAAUUUAAAUGAAAAAAAUGUACAUUGUCUUUCCAGAAUUGCACUGCAUGAUUUUGUUCAUUAAACAACUGUGUUGGUAAAGAGCUGAAUCAAUUCCCCACUUUCCUGCUCCUGUGAUGAAGUUGAAUAAAUUACAAAUAUAUUUAAAAAAA